UAGGAAUAGAAAUAUCUAUUAAAAUUAUUUUUUAGUGUUUUUUCAUAGAAAUUAGAAAAAAAAGUUGCAUAGUGUUAGUGCGAAAAAAAUGCAAAUGUGCCAAAAGUGAGAAGAAAAAAAAAUGUUCCCUAUUUCUUUUGGAUAACUUUAUUUGCUAGUUUUUUUAAUUAUUGCUAUUACAAUAGUUAUGGAUAAUACUUCGACGCACUCGGGUUUAUUUCAGAAUCCCGACUGCCUGCCGUUGGAGGAUUUGCUUCUAACGAUUAAAACUGAAGGAAUUCCAGAAAGUGUACCUGCAUUGAAUAAACGCUGGGUUGUGGAUCGUUAUUUUGUUAACUAUGAAUCGCCUCUUUUUGAAGAUUCCCAGGGCAAAGAAAUUGUCGGCGCCAAAGAACAUUGGAUGGAAAUAAUUGGUUACAUUAUCGAGGACUUAACUUGGUUACUCAAACUUCCAUAUUUCAAAUUCUGGUCGAAUAUCGUGCACAAUUCGGCAAUAAUGGAAAUGUUAAUUUCGUUCCUCCAGGAGGCGCCGCCUUAUUAUGCACUGGACGAUUUUCCCAAUAAUCACGAGGUUCGUGAGCAAUUAAAUAAAUUGCGUCACUACGUUUUGUUGAUAUUCGCGAGACUCGUGACGAAUAAGGAGAGUCCCACAGAAUUUAUGACACGCUCACAUCAGGGGAAUUUACUCUACGACAAUUUUAUUUUCACCGUUCCCAUAAUUCUCGAUUUGUGUCAGCAUUACGGCCGGGAGAACAAGAAAACCAUCGAUAAAAUAUUAAAGAGCCUCUUCGUUCUCCAACCACUUUACAUGGACGAUUUUAGACGCGCCGUUUCGUUUCUAGUUCAGGUUUUUUCGAAUUUAGAAUCGAGAUUCGAGGAUAUACGAAAUGAUGUGAUUCUACUGACGGAAGGCGUAAAGAAACAAUCGAGGGAAAUUUCGCUGCCAAUUCUCGAGGAUUUGAUUGUUCAUAUCUUAGAUGUGUCUUCCAAUUUGACAAUUUUUUUGGAAAAUUAUCCACCGGCGACGGAACUUUUUCAAACAUCUAGUAUUAUGAGAAGAAUUGUAACGGUUUACGCGAAUACAAUUCCAAAGAUGUACGAAAAAUUGGAUUCAUUGGCUCUUCGCGAGGAAACAAUGCCAAAAUAUAUGGAAUUAAAGCACCGAUUGGAUGUAAGCAGAGUUGAACUUUUAAAACUCUAUCGAAUCAUUAUUUAUAAAAAUAUUGGAGAUAUUCUCGAAACAGGAAUCGAGGCGGAAGUCGAAGUGAAAAAACGAAUAGAAAUUUAUUUGGAUCACGUAACGAAUGCAAUAUCCGAAAAAGAAUUCAUAACCGACUAUCAUCGUUUCUAUCCCGUCGAUGUUGAUUUGGAAAUUCUUUCACAAAUUUGCCCCGAAGUAGAUACGAUAAAAUGUGAUUUUAUUCUAAAUUCAAUCGAAGCAACGGUCGUUGAGGAGAAAAUUGAGAGGAAAAUUGUGAACAAUAGUCAUAGAGAAGAAUCAGUGGCAAGUGGUUCGGGCUAUUCGAGAAAUCAUCAACAAUUGGAAACGGAAAUUGUCGAUUCGAAGAAAGAGGAGAAAAACAAUAAACCCAGUGAGAUGGAAUUAAUUCGUCUUAUUUCGGAGGUGAAGGAUAUUCUCUGUCACUUGGGCGACGGAUUUAUUGAGAGGUGUUUGAAACAUUACAAUUACGACAGUACGAGUGUGAUAAAUGCGGUUUUAGAAGAAACUCUUCCUCCGGAUUUGAAAGAAGUAGACUUUUCUUUGCCUUACAUUCCACCGGAUCCUGAGGAAGCAGCGGCUGCUGUUGAUUCGGCAAUUGGAGCUCAAAGACUGAACAUUUUCGAUAAUGAUGAAUUCGACAUUAUGACAAAUGAUAAAAUUGACCUGUCAAGAGUUCACCGUGGAAAGAGGAAAGACAAAUACAAGAAUGUCACUGAAAUGCUAAACGACAAAUCUGAAAUUAAAAAAGUCGAACAUAUUUAUAGUAAAUAUAAUCUCGUUUCCUAUGAAUACGACGAUGAAUACGAUGAUACGUACGAUAGUCACGAUAUUGGAGAAAGUGCUCAGGACGACACACUGGAAAUGGAUCGACCUUUCACCACUCCGAGGGUGCUGCUGAGAAAGGAGCAGCGAGAGGAGGAAAUUUACGAGGAAGAAAACGACGAGAAUGAAGAAUCCCAAGAAGUGCAUUCAAAUCAUUUUGUUCAAAAUCCUGAGGAAUUGCGAGCAAAAGCCGAACAGCGAAUGCUUUCGAAACGCGGUGGAAGAGGUUCGCAAAGAGAUGUCGUUGGCAAUUCAAGGGGUCAAGGACAAGAGAAAAAUGUCCUUGUAAAUCGAGAUCAUAAAAAUACAAAUAAAUCGAGUCGCGCAAAUCACAAUCGACGUGUUGGCUCACAAUGGAAACGAAGACAGGGAAUGAUUCCCUCGUAAAAUUUUCACAAGUUUCACGUAAAUACAGAAAGGAAGGCACAAAUUUUUCUUUUCAUUUUCAUUUUUUUUUUUUAAAGAAAAUUUACACGAAGAAAAAACAAAUAGAAGAGAAUUAAGAAAUUUUCUUCUGGAAAUUGAGAAAAGAAGCGAAAAAAUUAAAAACA